UAGUUGGUCCAUCUCGCAAAAAACUCGGCAUCUCCCCGUCCAAGCGUAAACAAAACAAAAUCUAUUUUCUAUCCGCGGACGCGGGUCGUCUAUCGGAGUAGGUUCGGAUCGCGCGUUUCGGAACCGGUUCCGGUGGUCUCGCGCGCCUCCUCGCCAUGGAGAAGUUGGUGCAAAAGUGCCUGGUUCCGGGGUGCGAAUCGACGACGGAUGAUCGGAGCAGGACGUUCUUCGAGUUUCCGGCCGAUCGGGACGUGGUGCGCGCCUGGAACAAGGCCAUGGGCUUUCGGGCGAAUUGUAAGCACAUCCCGGAACCGCGGGUCUGCGAGCGGCACUUUACGGAGGAGGAGGUGGUUGAGGGACGGUUGGUUGAAGGGGCGGUUCCGAGCGUAGAGGUGGGGCGGGUUAAGUCCGGGGAGGGAGGGUUGAUGGGGGAGGGCGCUGAUCCGAGUUACUGUCGGUUGUGUGCCAAGCAGGAGCGUCAGCCGCUGAAGAACACGAUAGGGAAGAUGAUGCGAUGCGCGGAGACGGCUAGGUUGUUGGAGAUAUGUCUGGAACCGGGGCGGGACGAUGAACGACUUCCGGCGGGCGUUUGUGACGCGUGCUCGCACAUGAUGAAGUACGUGCUGAAGUUUGUGCGGACCUGUUGCGGGGCGCAGGGAAAGCUGAGCAGGAUCAUGGACGAGCGAAUCAAGAAUGAGGGCUUGAAGGGGGAGGAGGAAGAGGGGACGGUUCCGCCGGUUCCAGUGGUCAAAAUGGAGGCCGUUGAGGACGGAGGUACACUUCCGACGGAUUAUCUGAUGAUCGGUUUGGAAAAGGAAGAAAAAGGAGCAGUUCCGAGGUACAUUGUAGACGAAGUCGUUGACGACGAGGAUGGACCGACGGACAGGGAGGAAGUUGACGUCAAGCUGGAACCGGUUGGGCGUGACGGGUCCGAUUCGGAGUACGAACUGCCGGAUGAUUUCCACGCUUCUUCGGGGAGCUCGUCGAGCGAUUCCGAUGACGACGAGUACGAUCCGGACGAUGAGGAUCUUCAGAGGAUGAAGCAAAGAGUCAAAAUUGAAGACGGAGAACCUGAGGAAAAACCCGUGAGGCGACGUGGUCGUCCACGAAAAAAUGACCCAAAGGUGCCGAAAGGACCGAGAAAGCGCCGCGAAAAGCGUGAUAAGAGCUUGGACGAAAAACCGGCCUCGAUGAGCAAACAGAUUUGCCAGGUUUGCGGCAAGAUUCUGUCCAGUUCGGCCACUUUCAACGUCCACAUGAUGACUCACACGAAUCAGAAAGAUAUCGCGUGUCCAAUUUGCGACAAGAAGUUUUACGUCAAGCAACAGCUUAAGAUCCACAUGGAAUCGAUCCACGAGAAAAAGGACUUUGUAUGUAACAUCUGCGGUCUCAAGUGUCGCUGGCGGAAGUCACUCCGGCGCCACAUGCUCCUCCACGAGGAUAACCCGUACAAACACAAGUGUACGUACUGCGAUAAGGCGUUUGCGCGGCCAAACCAGCUUCGGUACCACGUGAUGAAGCACACCGGAGACCGGGUCUACUGCGAAAUCUGCGGUGCGGAUUACAGAUUCAAUUACAUGCUGACCCAACACAAGAUCCGCAAGCACGGCGUCGUCGUCGAGGGAGUUCAACUGUACAAACAAACCGCAAGGAAAAAGAAAUCCGAAUCCGGCGAACCACCUGGUCCCCGCAAGAUCCGUAUCGGUGCAGCAGCUGCAGCCGCCGCCGCCGCAGGUCAACCAGUGAACCUCCAGCACCCGCCGCAACAUCACCAGCAACUAUUAUCGCCCCCACCGCCAUCGCUAGCUGUCGGCAGCACCUCUUCGGUCAUCUCUCACCUAGCCCUGCCUGAGCACGACCGUACGAAUCAGAGCGACCUGUCGUCGCACGUCUCAGACCUGGGCAGUCCAGCUACGAACGCUUCGUACGCCACGAUAACUUCCCCAGAACCACCUCACUUUCCCGGUCAUCAUCAGCAACAUCCGGCGUUGCAACACCAGCAGCUACAGCAUCACCAACAUCAGAUGGGUGGUGGCUUCAACGGGGCCGGACUGGCCAUGGCCAUGCCCCCAGGCCUAAUCGGGUUCCCACCCAUGAACCGGCAGCAGCAGCAGUAGAUCCCAGUCUUCGUAAACAUUUAAAACCAAUACAUUCAUCUAGAAUA